GCGAGAAAGUGUUGUACAAUUUAUCGAUAAAAGGACUUUCAGUAAAUUAGGCAUUUUUCAAGGACUCAGUCUAAUGCGCAGGCCGACUGCAACUAGUUUUUAUAGAAGUAUGUCUCGAGGACAUUAGGUUUGCAGUUGUUUGCAGAGGGGAACGCCUGCUCAAAAAUCGUCCCUGGCAUCCAGGAUACUGAAGCACACGGGGGGUGCGGUGAAGAAGAAGAAGUGUAAGAUGCACAGCCGGUCCGAGCCGGAAGACUCUGACGUCCGGGGCAGUCGCAGCCGUAGCCGGACCAGCAGCAAGAAGAAGGAGGUCAAGGGAAUCCUGAAGCAUGACCGCGAGAAGGAGAGAUACUAUUCAUCUUCUUGUGACGAUGAAGAAGAAAAAGAAGAGGUGAUACAGAAAUGUCGAGACAGCCGUUGUCUGAUAGGCCGCGUGGCGCGACCAGCGGGGUACAAACCCGGCAGAGGCGGAGGCCUAUCCCUGAUCGUCAAGAAAAACAUUAAGAACGAAGAUAAACCACGCGUGAUCCGCCCACGGUUGUACAAGGUUGCAGAGUGAUGGUGGCAACCACAUGAGUCAUGAGCAACCAAGCGAAGCAAGUUACAAGCAGCAGUAGCAAAAAGAGUCGCGGCGACAGACGACUGUUUAGAAAAACUUCAUUUUAAUAAGACCAUCUCCCUCAUAUCGCCACUUCAUUCUUCAUUAUAAUAUCUUAGAAGACCAGGGGGGUUAAAAUGGCCUCAUCGAAGCAAUUCAUCUAAGAAAGCAAUUUUGCUAUUUGACAUUUGUUUGCAUUGUGCACUUACUUUAAUAUGCGCAAAUGUGUGUGAAUUGCUUCGAUGUGGCCAUUUUUACCCCCCUGGUGGUUUAAAAAGGCCGCAUUGAAGCAAUUCAUUUAAAAAGGAAUAAGUACUAUUGCAAUUUAACAUUUGCGCGGUAGGUUGCAAUGUUAACUGACAAAAUAGCAGUAAUGCUAAAUAGGUAAUUUUUAUAUUAAAUCAGUACAACGCCAUCUACAUUGUUUUUAGGGAACGUAACCUGGAAAGUACCUUGUUAUGUACUAAGUAUUUGUUUAGUUAGAAAUAU